ACUUAAAAAGUAUAAAUCUUGAGCAUUUUGGUUGACCAUGAUAUGCCAACAUAAAAUCCAGGGAUUAUAAUUGCACAAAACUUUUUUUAACUGUAAAUCAAAUGCAACGUAACAAUGUUGACAAAAUUACUGAUUUAAAAAAAACAAAAAAAAACAAUUUAAAAUUCACAAGACAUGCACAUCACCAAAUAAUCGGCUUGAAAUACACAUCGCUCCCGGGUAGUUUUCUCAUCUCUUAAAAAAAAAAAGAAAUAGUCUUUUCUCGUUUACACAGACAUAUGGCAGUUGUCUCAAAAUGGUUAUCUAUUCUUUUCAAAACAACUCUGACAACCACUAAAAAGUACGACUUAACUUUUCAGUAUUACUUUCGGUUUGACCUCGAAUGGCCACAUUUGUUUUGAAUGUUGCUAGAAAAAGGCGAAAACACUCCCAGCGUCUUAUCAGUAUUUUCCUUACACUUAAUCGGAAUUUAAAAGCACAGACUUGUUGGUUAAACGUAGUCAAACUAUUUCUCCAGUCUGGAACGGCAUGUGUCAACCUGAUAAAAGUGACCACAUAAAUGUUGUGAACACUGUUGCAUUGUGGGACCGAUGAUUGACGCGGCGGCCAUUUUCCCGCUGGACGCUGCUUCCCAUUGUGGAUACGAAGAAGAAAAUAAGAGAGAAGCGAAACAUUUCUCACGACUUCUGCUCACUUUUCCCCUAGGUGAUAUUUAGUAGCCAUGGCCCGUACCAAGCAGACUGCCCGUAAGUCCACUGGAGGCAAAGCCCCACGUAAGCAGCUGGCCACAAAGGCUGCUCGCAAGAGCGCCCCUUCCACUGGCGGUGUGAAGAAGCCCCAUCGCUACAGGCCUGGUACCGUGGCUCUGCGUGAGAUCCGUCGUUAUCAGAAAUCCACUGAGCUGCUGAUCCGCAAGCUGCCCUUCCAGCGCCUGGUGAGAGAAAUCGCCCAGGACUUCAAGACCGAUCUGCGUUUCCAAAGUGCAGCCAUCGGAGCUCUGCAGGAGGCCAGUGAGGCCUAUUUGGUGGGUCUGUUUGAGGACACCAACUUGUGCGCCAUCCACGCCAAGCGUGUCACCAUCAUGCCCAAAGACAUCCAGCUGGCACGUCGUAUCCGUGGAGAGCGUGCUUAAAUGCUCUCUCCUCCUCCUCCUUGUCUUUAAUCUUUUCACCUCCUCCUGCCCUUCCUUCACCAGUCUGUCUCUCCGUCCCUCUGCCUUCCACCUGCCCCCUUCCUCCCUCUCUUCCUGUAUUAGUAGUGUGUAGAUGAUAACUGAUUAUAUUAUGAAUAAAUAAAGUGUAUAGUCGUGUUUUUCUUAGUGCUCUCGGCAGCAGACUUCUAGGGUACUCUCUUUUUGUGCAUGUACCAACUCUUUGGUGAUGAGAUCCCCUCAAGCACACAUCUCCUAUGUUGCACUGUUUCUACUCUGACUCUGUGGAGUAAAGGAUGAUUUAUGGAUAGAAAGAGGAAAAACAAUGGACUAGAACAAUGCAAAUUUGGGAGGGACAGACAAGAGGAGAGGAUGGGUAUUGUCUGCGGGGAGUCUCUUUUCUGCAGCAAGGUGCUAGAAGAACUUACCAGUCCUCUUCUCCUGCUUCCUCUGCUCUGCCAGCCUCCGCUCUGAAAUGUGCAGAAACAAGAGCGUUAGUCUCUGCUCAUGAAGGCCGAGGUUGGAAUUUCUGUCCCUGCAUGUGUCUGCAUGAGUGCUGGCUCUGAUCACCACAGCAAAUUGUAUACAAUCCAUCUGCAUCCUUAGAGAAGUUGAUUUAUGAUUAUGCUGUCAUUUGUCAUGUUAGCUUUUUUUUUUCCCUUCAAAUUAAGUCUCAUGCACAGGGGUUUUUUUUUUUUGUUGUUUUUUUUUCACUUCAAACUGUUUGUGGAUGACAUGGAGACAGGGGGAUGAAUCAGAUUAAAACACUUAACAGAGAACAGAAACAAAAUAAUUUUUUUCUACUGAAAUGUGAUGCUACUGACUCGCUUUGGCACCAAAGUUUGAACCUCUUGUAGAUGCUCUUUUCCUAACUGACAAGUGUUUAACCUCACCUGUUUUUGUGGUGUUCAAAUUGGUUUCAUCUAAUUAUUUAAAGCCAAAGUUUGAGAGCUCAAGGAUGGUGUCAGAGGUACUUUUUUAACAGUGGCUGAUUUUUUAAUAAAGGACCUUUUUAUAACAAAGGUUCAUCAAGGUUUGUAAUGUUCUCUAAAACCAAAAGUUCGCAAAGUGUGAAAAACUUUUUUCUUUUCUUUUUUCCUUUUUUUUUU